UCCAUAUCAAAAAAUGUCUGAGGCAAAGGUAGCGCAAACUGUUUAGAAGCCGUCGGGGAAGUGAUGUGAAAUAUAUUGAUUGCUUUGGCUUAUUAAUGACGUUUCGAUCGGCGAUGGCAGCUACCGCAGACAUUAGCAAAGCUAUUAAGUCAGUUUUUGAACGAAUCGAGGUGGCAUGUGUUAAAAGACCAGAAAUACUUCCAAAAAUUACACCCCGAUUGGUUGCUGUGUCCAAGACAAAACCAAAAGAAUUGAUUCAAAUAGCAUAUGCACAGGGACAAAGACACUUUGGUGAAAAUUAUGUUCAAGAAAUACUUGAGAAGGCGUGGGAUGACAGUUUGCGAGGCACUUGUCAAGACAUCAAAUGGCAUUUUAUUGGACACUUACAAACAAACAAGGUGAAGAAGCUUCUAGAGAUUCCAAAUCUAUAUAUGGUUGAAACUGUUGACAGAUUCAAGUUAGCUAAAGAAAUAGACAAACAUUGGAGAACAUUACAACAACCACAAAAGUUGAAGGUUAUGGUACAAGUUAACACCAGUGGUGAAGAAAAUAAAAGUGGUGUAGCUCCAGAUAUGUGUUGCACCCUCUAUCAGGAAGUAAAAGAAAAAUGCACAAAUCUAGAAACUGUUGGUUUGAUGACGAUCGGUGCUUUUGACCAUGAUCUUAGUAGGGGACCGAACCCUGACUUUCAGUGUCUUCUACAGUGUCGUGAAGAAGUUUGUAAGAAGUUUGACUUAUCACUUGACCAGGUAGAACUGAGUAUGGGAAUGUCCAAUGACUUUGAACAUGCAAUAAUUCAUGGAAGUACAAACGUAAGGGUUGGAAGCACCAUUUUUGGUGCUAGAACCUAUGCUGCCAAAAGCGAAGAAAAGUCUUCAACCUCAAGUGAUUCAUCCAAAAACAAUCAUAUAUCAAAUGAAAUUCAGAAACUAAAAAUAAAUGAUAAAAAAACUUAAUGAAAAAUGUUAUUUUAAAAUGUAAAAUAAAAAAGAAGAAAUAUCCAUAGGCAUUACUGUAUAGUAUUAUUGUUCUAGAGAAUGGUUCUUAUGCUGCGUGAUCUACACCCCUUCUCAAACUAUGGGUUUUUGCCCUUAAAUUUGAGAAGCAGAAAUCUACACCAAACACGAUUUCUCUUGCCAUGUGCUGCAAUGUUUAUCAGAUUCUCCGGAUCAUUUUGAUGAAAUUGGACACACCACAUUGAAAUAAUUUGAUCAAAUUUUGAAUGCUUAUAUUAUAUGUAGUGUACUGUAUAUACAACACAAGCUACCAUCUGUCAAAAAUAUUUAAAUAUGUUCUGCACUGAAAUAUUAAAAAAAUUGUAUGAGAUUGCUAACUUGUUCAUUAAAAAACCAAAACCUGCAAGUGUGAAUUUCUACACUCUAAAUUAUUUUCAUGAUCGAAGGCACAUUCAAUCAAAUUGUAAU